CAUAAAAGCCAAGUUACAAAGUGGGACAGUAUAGUUUUAAGGAGGGUUGAGCUGUUAACUUGUUGUGUCAUUGCAUGGUGCAGCAAGAAAUCAACAUGCCAUUCUACUCAGAUUUGACAGAAUUGAUUUCAGAUUUCUCAUUUGAUAAUCUGAAAUCAUUUUGUGAAAAUCAUUACAUCCUGCUCUCCGGCCUCCUUUCGACUGCUGUUGGGUUAAAAUUGUUGCGCACCUAUUUUGUUGGAGGUGUGUUUCGCAGUAAAGCUCGCCUGGAUGGAAAGACAGUCGUUAUCACAGGAGGUAACACUGGCAUUGGCUUUGAAACAGCUUUGGAUCUGGCAAAGAGAGGAGCACGGGUAGUCCUAGGCUGUAGAGAUGUGACCAGAGGGGAGGAGGCGGCCAAGAAAAUUCGACGAGCCUCAGGAAAUGGCAACAUCAUCUUCAGACGGCUAGAUUUGGCCUCGUUGGAGUCUGUGAGACAGUUUGCCAGGGAGACAUUGGCAGCUGAAAAAGACAUCCAUAUUCUUCUCAACAACGCUGGUAUCAUGAUGUGCCCGAACUGGAAGUCUGUGGAAGGUUAUGAGAUGCAGUUUGCAACUAACCACCUGGGUCAUUUCCUAUUGACAAAUCUCUUGCUGGAAAAGAUAAAAAAAUCAGCUCCAAGCCGUAUCAUCAAUGUGUCAUCACGGGCCCAUAUACGUGGACAAAUUAAUUUUGAUGACAUAAAUUUUCAAAAAGAGUAUCACCCUAGACUUGCGUACUCUCAGAGUAAGCUGGCUAAUGUGCUGUUCACAAGAGAGCUAAGCAGAAGACUUGAAGGAACUGGUGUGACUGUGAAUGCCCUUCACCCUGGCAUGGUCAACACAGAACUGGCCAGGCACAUGUCUGAGGCAGGCUACCACAUGUGGGCACUUUAUCCCUUAUACCCACUGCUGAUGCUGGUUUCUAAGACACCUGAACAAGGAGCACAGACCUCCAUAUAUGCUGCUGUCUCGGAGGAAGCUGGAAAAGUCACAGGCAAAUAUUUCAGUGACUGUGCAUUGAAGGAUCCAGUGCUUCCAGAAAACUCUGAAGAAGUUGAGCGACGUCUUUGGGACUUGAGUGAAGAAAUGGUGGGCCUGAAAACUCAUUAAUUUGGGUGGUGUAUCCUGGUAGGCAUGGUAACAUGUAAUUUAUGGCACAGAAGCCACUUUCACAGAACUUAUAAGUCUGGUUUCUUGUAACCUUUUAGUAAAGGACAUCUGUUGUUUAAAGCUCUAUAUAAGGUGAGGUGUUUUACCUAGAAAAUAAGGAAAAAUAUGAAAAAAAUGAUUUCCAAAAUUUUGUGACAGUGGGUCUGGCAUGUUAAUUUUUGUUUACAUGCAAUGAAAUCUACCUGUUACCUGUUUAAUGAAAUCGCAUUUCAGCUGGUUUGCAAAUGUUUCUGUGUUCACUGCAUAUCCAUAAAUGUUUUUUUAGUAAUUUUAGUAAACAAAGAAUAUAUUAUAACCAGGUCUGAUCUCUAUGCAAAAUUAUUACUUGCAUAUGUGGUUGUUUUUCACUUCAUCUCAUUUAACUGGAAAGAACAUUGACAAAGUAGAAUUUGAGAUGAUACUUUGAUAGCUGAUGGAAGAUUUUGAGGGUAAGAUGACGUGUAUACAUCAGUGGAUAUCUUGCCAUUGACAGAAUUAUUGGUCUACCUUUUGUUAGUGGUACAAAGAGGUUUAUUGUCCCAUAUCACUGCUGCAUCAGUACAAGCAACAUUUAAUCAUCUUGUU